AAUGCGGAUAAGUGGAGUCACAUUAUUCCGCGUCUCAUCACAACUUCGCAACGUCGUCAACGGACAAUGGACGACUACUCACUAUACUGUAAAGGAUCGAUCCACUGAUCCACGGUGGAAGGAUGUUGAUUUGGCACGAGAAAGUGAUGUUUAUGAUGUUGUCAUUGUUGGAGGAGGUCCAUCUGGUUUAUCAGCAGCCAUUCGAUUGAGACAAUUGGCUGAAAAAGCUCAGAAAGAACUUCGUGUCUGUGUUGUCGAAAAGGCAUCUGUUAUUGGAGGGCACACUCUCUCAGGAGCUGUAAUUGAAACUCGAGCUCUUGAUGAACUUAUUCCAAAUUGGAAAGAGCUGGGAGCUCCAGUUUACCAACAAGUUACCUCUGAAUCUAUCGCUAUUCUCACUGAAUCUGGUCGAAUUCCAGUUCCAGUGCUACCUGGAGUUCCACUUGCAAAUCACGGAAACUAUAUUGUUCGUCUUGGAAAGGUCGUUCAAUGGCUCGGCGAGCAGGCUGAAGCAGCUGGAGUCGAAGUUUGGCCAGAAAUCGCUGCAUCUGAAGUGCUCUACAAUGAAGAUGGAAGUGUGAAGGGAAUUGCCACAAGUGACGUUGGAAUUGGAAAGGAUGGAGCACCGAAAGAUGGAUUUGCUCGUGGUAUGGAAUUCCACGCGAAAUGCACAAUUUUCGCUGAAGGAUGUAGAGGACAUUUGAGCAAGCAAGUUCUCGAUAAAUUUGAUUUGAGAACACAUGCAAUGACUUAUGGAAUUGGACUCAAAGAACUUUGGGAAAUUGAUCCAGCAAAGCAUAGACCUGGUUAUGUUGAGCAUACUAUGGGAUGGCCAUUGAAUGUUGAUCAAUACGGAGGAUCCUUCUUGUACCAUAUCGAGGAUCAAGGACAACCACUUGUUUCCGUUGGUUUCGUUGUUGCUCUUGAUUACGCGAAUCCAAAUCUCAAUCCAUACAAAGAAUUCCAAAAAUACAAAACUCAUCCAUCGAUUUCUAAACAAUUGGAAGGAGGAAAACGAAUUGGGUACGGAGCACGAGCUCUCAAUGAAGGAGGAUUCCAAAGUAUCCCGAAGCUUCAUUUCCCCGGAGGAUGUCUUGUUGGAUGCUCAGCUGGUUUCUUGAAUGUCGCUAAACUGAAGGGAACUCAUAAUGCAAUGAAAAGUGGAAUGGUGGCUGCUGAAUCAAUUUUCGAGGAUAUUCAACAAAAGGGAGAGGAUGUGCAAACGAUUGAUCCAGCUACAUAUGACAAGAAUAUUCGUGAUACUUAUGUUGUUAAAGAGCUCAAAGCAACCAGAAAUAUUCGUCCAUCAUUCAAUACUUCAUUGGGAUACAUUGGAGGACUGAUCUAUUCUGGAAUAUUCUAUGUUUUCGGUCGAGGAAUUGAACCAUGGACUCUUGGACACGGAAAGAAGGAUAAUGAGAAGCUCAUUCCAGUGAAGGAUGCAAAAGAAAUCGAUUACCCAAAACCAGAUGGAAAGCUAACUUUUGAUCUUCUUACAUCUGUAUCUCUUACUGGAACCAACCAUACAGAAGAUCAACCUGCUCAUUUGACAUUGAAAAAUGAUCAAGUUCCACUUGAUGUGAAUUUGGCAGUAUAUGGUGGCCCGGAGGCUAGAUUCUGUCCAGCUGGAGUCUAUGAAUUCGUCCCAUCCGAAGCUGAUGAAUCAAAGAAGCGUCUCCAAAUCAAUGCUCAAAAUUGCAUUCACUGCAAGACAUGCGACAUCAAGGAUCCUCAACAAAACAUUAACUGGGUUACACCAGAAGGAGGUGGUGGCCCAAAAUACGAGGGAAUGUGAAUCCUUUAGCUUCUCGUUUAUGUUUGUGUAUAAUUUUUGUACUUAUUUAUUCGCCACUAUCGACUCGUAGAUUAUGUAUUUCUGUUCUUCAACGGUUUCUCUCAAUUUUCUCUCAUUUUCGUGUUCCCCAUCUUUUGUAAUGCCAUUACAUUUUUAUCCAAACCAAAUGAAUAGAUUUCUGAUU